AGAAAAGGCACGCAUGCAUACAUACAUAGGAUACAUAACGCGUGGCGCAUGUCUCCUUCCUUCACACCAACUGAACUCCCAACCUAAAACUAGACUAGAAGAAUAUCCCUCUUCCUCUCCCUCUCCCUGCUGCGUCGUCUUCCUCCUCCCUCUUACCCCUUCUCUUCUCCCUCCUCUGUUCCUUCCUCUCCUAGUAUAAGCCACCACCUCCUCUCCUCCUUCACAACUUUCGGGAACCUUCUAGAAGAAUCACCCAGUCCUUCUAGAAGCCAUUAAUGGAUCACUGGGAGGAGCUUUUCGUUAUCAGAUUAAUUCAUUAAUACAUAGACACACCCGCACACCGGUUCUUUGCGGUACGUUUCAGUUCUUUCCUCCUCCUCCUCCUCCUCCCUCCGGGCGUUUGGUUUCUCUCUAUGGGAUCGAUGGAGGACGGGAAGAUGGGGAACGCCGCGACGAUCCGCGCGGUGCUCGCGAUCCUCCAGUGGUGGGGCUUCAACGUCACUGUCAUCAUCAUGAACAAGUGGAUCUUCCAGAAAUUGGAGUUCAAAUUUCCUUUGACCGUGUCGUGCGUCCACUUCAUAUGCUCUUCUAUCGGAGCUUAUAUUGCAAUCAAAGUGCUUAAAACAAAGCCGCUGAUCGAGGUUGCCUCGGAGGAUCGAUGGAGAAGGAUAUUCCCAAUGUCAUUUGUAUUCUGCAUAAACAUUGUGUUGGGGAAUGUAAGCCUGCGGUACAUUCCAGUCUCCUUCAUGCAGACAAUAAAAUCUUUUACUCCUGCGACGACAGUUGCUAUAGAAUUCAUCUUCUGACCAAUCCCUUCCACUGUAACACAGUGAUUCUGCAGUGGUUGGUCUGGAGGAAAUAUUUUGAGUGGCGCAUUUGGGCUUCUUUGGUCCCAAUAGUGGGAGGAAUUCUGCUAACUUCGAUAACUGAGCUUAGCUUCAACAUGUUUGGUUUCUGUGCUGCCAUGGUUGGCUGCCUGGCCACAUCCACAAAGACCAUCCUGGCAGAGUCUCUACUCCAUGGAUACAAAUUCGACAGCAUCAACACGGUGUACUACAUGGCGCCCUUUGCGACUAUGAUCCUGUCAGCGCCGGCGAUGGUGCUGGAAGGCAGCGGCGUGAUCAACUGGCUCUACACCUACGAGCCCGUGGUCCCUGCGCUGAUCAUCAUCGUCACGUCAGGGGUUCUGGCCUUCUGCCUCAACUUCUCCAUCUUCUACGUGAUCCACUCCACCACGGCCGUGACCUUCAACGUGGCCGGCAACCUCAAGGUGGCGGCGGCGGUGCUGGUGUCGUGGACGAUCUUCCGGAACCCGAUCUCGGCCAUGAACGCGGUCGGUUGCGCCAUCACGCUUGUCGGCUGCACCUUCUACGGCUACGUGAGGCACCUCAUCUCGCAGCAGGCCGCCGUGGCGCCGAGCCCGCGCACGCCCAGAGGCCGGAUGGAGAUGCUGCCGCUCACGGGCGAGAAGCAAGGGGACAAGAUGUAGGCUCUAUUUGGUAAAGAUUUCUCUAAUCUAAAUUUUCAGCUGUUAGUAACUUUUUAGAAAUGAUUAUGUAGCUUAAAGUGAUUUCUUUUUAAUUUUCUAGAUAAAUUUUAUAAAGAAAAUAAUUCUAUGACGAAGUGAAUUAAAGGAAGUUAGUUUUU